AAGCUUUAAAAAAUAAAAAAAAUAAACUAUUUUCAUUGUAACAACUUAAACAGAGAUCGCUUGAUAUAUUUCAAACGCCUUGUUAUUAUCUACCGUGUUUUCAUAAUUUAUACUAAGCAAUCAUGACGGUAGACACCACCCGGAAUUAUUUAAUGCGACACAAGGGAUUAAUGGCUGCAGUAAAUGUUCGAAGCUCUUCUCAUUGUUUACAUUUCUAAAUGGUGUGUUCCCCGUGUUAGGGAGACUGUCAUCGAUACGGCAUCACAUAACACCAUGCAAUGGUGUUAAAUAUGUUUGAAUUUAGGCAAAAACUAAUCUCUCUGAUUCGGUAUUAAGCCGUCAAACUACGGACUAGCCCAAUGAGCUAACUGUCGUCGGCUAUUUUACUUGUGUUGCUCGUUCUUUUCAGAUGACGAGUUAAGUCUUUUUGUUUCAUUUGCUUCUCUCCUGCUUGGAUGAUAAUGCAGCCAAAUGACUGAGAAGGAAUAGCGACAAGUGCGGCUAAAGGUCGGACAGAAUCUUAUACUCAGUGUCACAGGGUGCAUAAUGUUUAAUGUACCUCAAAGCUCCAAGUCCGAAUUCCUGGAUAAAGCCAGGCAGGCCAGAGAGGAGAGAAAGGGACAUAAGGAGAAGGAGAGAGCCGCAACACAAAUUCAAGCCCUGGUCAGGAAGUUCCUCUGCCGUUGCAGACUUCAGAAGCAAAUAAGAAAGGAGGUUGAUGACUAUUUUCAAGCCUCUGAAACUGGGACAACCAAGAGAAAUGCACUUUCAAUUUUCAAAAUUGCUCGGAAAUUACUAUUCAUAUAUUGCAAAGAGGACAAGUUGAGAUUUGAGAAGCUCUGCCGUGCCAUCCUGGCCAGCAUGGAGGUUGAAAAUGAACCUAAAGUCUGGUAUGUGUCUUUGGCUCUCUCCAAAGACCUCACCAUUCCCUGGCUCAAACAGGUCAAGGAUGUGUUGUGGAACUGCUGUCAGCUACUGAAAAAUCUGAAGCCAGACAUACUUCAAGACAGCAAGAUGGUGACGCUAUACCUCACCAUGCUGGUGACCUUCACUGACACAUCAACUUGGCGGAUAGUCAGAGGCAAGGGUGAAGCUCUCAGACCUGCUUUGACGAGGAUUUGUGAAAACAUCAUGGGUCAUCUCAAUCUAAAGGGAUUUUAUUCAACAUUACAGAUCUUGCUGACGAAUGGCUUGGCACGUACAAAACCGUCACUCUCCAAAGGCACUUUGACGGCCAUUUUCACUUUGUCGUUAAGGCCGGUCAUUGCUGCUCACUUCUCAGAAAACCUGCUACGGUCAUUCCUCAUCCACAUCAUGUCAGUUCCUGCCAUCAUCUCGCACCUCAGUGUGUUGACUCCAGAGUGCAUGACAUCCAUCCAGACGCAUGACCUGCUCCGGAAGUUCAUUUUGUUUCUCAGUCGGGAAGAACAGUGCCUGGACAUCUGUAUCUGUCUUGAGGGCAGCCACACCCUCUGCUUACUCGGCAACCUGAUUUACUUGGGCUAUCUAAGUGAGAAAGUCUUAGAGGAGGAGGCUGGCCAUUUUGUGAAGGACCUUACAGAGAUGCUGUCCUACUGCCAGAGAUACGUAUCUCAGAAGAAGUCAAACCUAACCCACUGGCACCCUGUGCUGGGCUGGUUCUCUCAAACUGUAGAUUACGGUCUUAAUGAGUCGAUGCCACUGGUCACUAAACAGCUUCAGCACCUCUGGGGUGUAUCUGUGAUCCGAACGCUCUUCAGUGACGUCCUCUCUAAAAAGCUGGAGAGUCAGGAGGCCACUCCCCCACCCCCACAGCCGAGUACGUCGCAAAACAACCUACCAGUUAAAAACCUCUUCAAGAGAGCGUUUCAGAAGUCUGCUUCUGUUCGAAACAUCCUGAAACCAGUCGGAGGGAAGCGAGUCGACUCGGCCGAGGUUCAGAAGGUGUGCAGCAUCUGUGUGCUCUACCAGAGUGCUCUGUCAACACUGACGCAAAUACGCCUCCAGAUACUCACAGGUCUCACACAUCUUGAUGACCUUUUGCCCAAACUGUGGGCCUUCAUCUGCGAGCUCGGUCCUCAGGGGGGCCUGAAACUCUUCAUGGACUGUCUGAACAAUGACACUGAGGAGUCCAAGCAGCUCUUGGCUAUGCUCAUGCUCUUCUGUGACUGUUCACGUCACCUCAUAACGAUUUUGGAUGACAUUGAAGUGUAUGAGGAACAAACAUCCUUCAAGAUAGAAGAACUCGUCACUAUCUCUUCUUUUCUUAACACAUUUGUGUACAAGAUGGUUUGGGACGGCAUCUUAGAAAAUGCCAAAGGGGAGAAACUGGAGUUGUUCCACAGUGUUCAUGGUUGGCUGAUGGUGCUUUACGAGCGGGACUGCAGACGCAGGUUUAGCCCAGAUGACCACUGGCUACGCAAGGAUCUAAAGCCUAGCCUUUUGUUCCAAGAGUUGGAGAAAGGCAAGAAAAGAGCCCAGCUUUUACUUCAGUACAUCCCACAUGUUAUCCCACAUAAAAAUAGGGUGCUGCUGUUCAGAAAUAUUGUCACAAAGGAAAAAGAAAGUUUAGGGUUGAUAGAAACAAGUUCUGCUUCACCACAUGUCACCCACAUUACUAUCCGUCGCUCACGGAUGUUGGAGGAUGGAUAUGACCAGCUCCGCAGGUUACCACCAAAUUCUAUAAAAGGUGUCAUUCGUGUGAAGUUUGUUAAUGACCUGGGAGUAGACGAGGCUGGAAUCGAUCAAGACGGUGUUUUCAAAGAGUUUCUCGAAGAGAUCAUUAAGAAAGUUUUCAAUCCUGCUCUCAAUCUGUUCAAGACCACAAGUGGAAAUGAAAGGUUGUAUCCUUCCCCAACGUCUUACAUCCAUGAGAACCACUUACAGCUGUUUGAGUUUGUGGGGAAGAUGCUUGGAAAAGCUGUUUAUGAGGGCAUUGUUGUGGAUGUCCCGUUUGCGUCCUUCUUCCUCAGUCAAGUCUUGGGUCACCAUCACACCACUUUCUACAGCUCCAUUGAUGAACUUCCUUCAUUGGACUCUGAGUUUUAUAAAAACCUCACUUCCAUCAAGCGCUAUGAUGGAGAUGUAGGGGAUCUGGGACUGACGCUGUCCUAUGAUGAGGAUGUUAUGGGGCAGCUUGUGUGUCAUGAGUUGAUACCUGGUGGGAAGACGAUGCCAGUCACCAAUGAAAAUAAGAUCAGCUACAUCCACCUGAUGGCUCACUUCCGGAUGCACACGCAGAUUAAGGAGCAAACGGCUGCUUUCAUCCGUGGUUUCCGCAGCAUUAUAAAUCCAGAGUGGUUGCACAUGUUUUCCACGCCUGAAGUUCAACGGCUCGUCUCUGGAGACAACGCUGAGAUUGAUCUAGAUGAUCUCAAGAAACACACAGUCUACUAUGGAGGUUUUCACAGCAGCCAUCGCGUCAUAAUCUGGCUCUGGGACAUCCUGUCCAGUGACUUUACUGCCGAAGAGAGGGCUAUGUUCCUUAAAGUAAAGUGUCUUUUGUUUAACACAGCUAAAUGCUUUUUCUUGCCACCGCAGGGUGUUUUAACUAUUACUUUUCUUUUUAAUGUAAUUUCACAGUUCGUUACUAGCUGCUCAAGGCCGCCUCUCCUAGGUUUCGCUUACCUCAAACCGCCGUUCUCCAUUCGCUGUGUGGAAGUUUCAGAUGAUCAGGACACCGGAGACACCCUUGGUAGUGUCCUCAGGGGCUUUUUCACCAUCCGGAAGAAAGAGCCCGGUGGUCGACUUCCUACUUCUUCUACUUGUUUCAACCUGCUCAAGCUGCCCAACUACAGCAAGAAGAGCAUUCUGCGUGACAAGCUGCGUUACGCUAUCAGUAUGAACACGGGCUUUGAGCUGUCCUAACUAACAAACUCUGUUGCAACGGGACAAUCUGCUCAGCAAGGUUUUGUUAAGAAGUGUGUACAAAGCAAGACGUGUGGCUUGCCUGGAUUGGAGCACUUCACAUUGAAGGGGCAUCGGCCAAACAAAAGGCAGGUCAUAAAGGACGUAUAUAGUGUACUUUUCGGGCCCUUUGUCCCUAUAAAAACUGGAUGAGCUGCGGUGGAGUGAGCUCUACUGUAUCUCACUCUCUCCCGUCCAAGAAAAUGCUGCCCCUGCAGCACAAUCAGUUUUUAUAUCCCUCUCUACACCACCAUAAAGUGAAUAUACUAUGUAUUCAAUGAGAUAAAAUACUGAUAUACAGUGGCUAAAACUCUGUUUCUCAGGCAUAACAGAAUCAUUUUGGAUUUAGCCCUUCUAAUACAAGUGAACUAGAAAGCAAUAUGAGGCAAUGCAAGUCAUUAGACACAUGGUCUACUCACCUGAGUAAAACCAGAUGAUGCAUUGUUAAUAAACUUACAAGUGUGGUUUCCAUCAUCCAGGCAACAUUUAGCUGAUACUGGAUGAGUCUUAAAAGGCUUAGCUGAAUAUAAUGCAUCUUUUCAAGAAGAAGACAAAUCAAUAUCUGGUGGUUAACCUCCACAAAACAGGGGAUGGUUUAUACCUGGGAUGCUGUAUUGAUUGCAUUAUGUCCUACUUUUGAGGAAAAUCAUUUGAGCUUUACUCACUUCUCCCUGCUAAAAGCAGCAACCCGUGAGACAGAGGCCUUCUGGUUUCUAUGUUCUCAGCCCAUUUGAGAGCAUCAGUCUCAGUUCUGCGGAGGCAGCAAAGACUUUUUUUUUUUUUUUUUAAAUCUCUAUAUGCUGUUUGAAUUCAAGAAGAUGUCCUGGUUGUAGCGCCACUUCCCUUUGGUGGGGGGAAAAAAAGAGAAAAAGAAAUGAACAUGUUUGAGUCAAUAUUUGUAUCUGAAGAGUACAGCGAACACAUCUGUUCCACAUUGCACAUGUGCUUAACAUCUGCUUCAAAAACACUAAGAGCAGAGGGAAUCAGCCAUGUUAGUAUAUGUAUCCAAUACUACAAAAGCACUCUCUUUUACUCUUCAGACUGAUGCUGGGUGCCUCCUCUCUUACCAUUACCCCUUACUAUUGUAUGACCAUAUUUCAGCUCUGACCAACUACAUAUACUGGAGACAAGCCAUAGAAAUGGGAGGACUUUGGUCCUGGACUACUCCUCUGCUCCUACUAACAACAUAGAGCAGCAACCCUACCACUGUGCUACCACUGCAACAACCUUGGAGGGUUUUAUUGUGAUGCUCUCUGAUCUCUGGACUUUUAAAGCCAUGCAGAAAAAUAUUUUGAGGUCUUUUACAAUGAUGUCACGGACUAAUUCAUCAACCAAAUGUAACUGAUUGAUUUAAUGUUUCCUUGGAAGUGUUGCAGAUGUUCGUGUGAUUAGUGGGACAAGAGGGCGAAUGUGACCUUAUAAGGCCUAUAUACUACUAUUUUACACAGGGUUCAUUUCCAUCAAAAAGUGAAAGAGUAGACUUUUUGAUCAUUUACCUGAAAAAUAAAUGCAGCUUUCAUUUUAAGAAAGGGUUAAAAAAAAAACAGCAGCAUUUGAAAAAAAAGGUCCUUUAUUAUGCAAAAAAGUGUUUCCUGUCACAAAUGUAUGAUACUUUUGUCAUUACGUAACCCAAUUUCUAACUAGCUGUGUUAUGGUCACUAACUUGUGUGAAAACAGUAAAUAGUUAAUAAUUAAAGUGCAACCAUUAUACGUAUACAUAUUAAAAAGUAUAGUUGUACAGAAUUGACCUCAUGUCUACUAAAGACAUUUUCAAAUCGGGAGAAACAAAGAAGGGCAUUACUUCAGUUCUCCUAAUUUUUGGAAAACACUAGGAAAUGGUUUUAUUUGUGUCACUACAAUGAGCUUGUGUUGCUGUGCAAAAGAGAUGAAAGAUACCUCAUGUGCUUGUCUUGUCUCCUGAUGAGUUUGCUCAUCUCUUUUAAAUGAUGUCAAGAGCAGAUGUACCAGUGGACUGCUGGCUUCAACCAUCCACUCUUUUAGUACUAUAAAAUAAUAAAAAGGAUCCUGAAAACGUUCCCAGCACUUCUGUGAAAAUGUAAUCUCUUCACUAAAUGUCAUUCUAAGAUGGGUGCUUUUGUUUGAUUAAAUAUAUGUGAGAUUCGUCCAUAAGUUAGUUUUUCCUGUAAUGUUGAAUUAUGUACAUAAGUAUUCAGACUGUAUAAA